AUGAGCGACAGCGCGGACACGCUCGAAGAGCCUUUCCUGGCUUCCAACGCGCAGUUACGACCGCAGCAGAGCAUCCGGCAUGUCUCAGCGAAUAAUGGCUCCACCGCCGUCGCUGUAUUCACCACAGGGCCUGUGAAUCUGCCAAAUGCCGUUCACCCUCAAGGUACAAGCACGUCCGGUAAAAACAUCACGGCAUAG